CGGAGCAGAGACCGGGAUUAGGCACUCUCUUCUCAAGCCUCUUCACUACCAUGGGUAGUAAGACUCUGCCAGCACCGGUGCCCAUCCACCCUUCCCUGCAGCUCACCAACUACUCCUUUCUGCAAGCCUUCAACGGCCUGCCAGCAGUGCCUUCGGACCACCUUCCAAACCUCUACGGCUUCAGUGCCUUGCACGCUGUUCACCUUCACCAAUGGACCCUGGGCUACCCGGCCAUGCAUUUGCCCCGUUCAUCCUUCUCCAAGGUGCCUGGUGUGGCCAGCCUGGUGGAUGCCAGGUUUCAGUUACCUGCCUUCCCUCUGUUCCCACAUGUCAUCCAUCCCAAGCAAGAAGCCACCAGUGUGCCACUGAAAGCCAAGCCCAGAUUUGAUUUUGCAAAUCUAGCAGUGGCAGCCACCCAAGAGGACCAUUCGAAACUUGGACAGAUCGAUAACCAUGGCUCCUCGCCGGGCUUAGGUUCAUUGCUUGAGGUGACCAAGCUUUCUCCCGAGAAGAAACCCACCCGUGGGAGGUUACCUUCCAAAACCAAGAAGGAAUUUGUGUGCAAAUUUUGUGGCAGACACUUCACCAAGUCAUAUAACCUUUUGAUUCACGAAAGAACCCACACGGAUGAAAGGCCGUAUACAUGUGACAUUUGCCACAAGGCCUUCAGAAGACAAGAUCACUUGAGAGAUCACAGAUAUAUCCACUCUAAAGAAAAGCCAUUUAAGUGUCAAGAGUGUGGGAAAGGAUUUUGCCAAUCAAGGACUCUCGCUGUUCACAAGACACUGCACACACAAGUAAAAGAGCUUAAACCUUCCAAAAUCAAGUGCUAAAGCUUCCAGUCCCCAAGAACUUCAUCCCCCUUUCUGACUUUUUAGGUUAAAUUCAUACCAAAGACAAAGGGGACACAAUGAACAUUAAUUUAAUUGCUUUUUUUAAAAAAACAACCAAAUGCACACAAAAUACAGCCAGCUUUUCUACAUCCUGAGCAAUAACAUUGAUUUGUUUCCAAGUUACACAGAAGAGUGUAAAUCUUGCAUCACUUUGAUAAACUUUGUCACUUUGUCAAAAGGUGGUGCUCAAGUAUUGGAGAGGAAUCUGUUGUUAAGACACAAACAACUCCAAACUCGCUUCCAAAAGUAUUGCUUUUUUUUUUUUUUUAGUUUUAUCCUUUUGUGUGUGUCUGUUUAAAAACUUAUACACUUCAGAUGAGAAAAUGUUUAGAAGAUCUUUUUAAAAAAAAAAACAGCUUCACAUUGUAAGCACUUCUGAGACAGACAGAAGGCCACUGGAUACAUUCUGUGUUUUUUAAAAGGCAACAUCCAUCCUGUACAGAUUCUGUGGCCCACUACAAAUCUUAAUGCCUCAGUCUUCCAUUGCUGGUGAUUUUAUUUGCUUGUUUGUUGGUUAGUGCUCUGGUGCCUUCAGAGGUGGUUUGUAAUUUGUGGAUUCAUUUAAACAAAAAGCAAAACACCCAAGGUGGGAAGGGUGAAGAGAGGGUGCAUAGCAACGAAUCAAAAGUGACUGCUAUGCACAGUGGCUUUAGUGGUACUUCCAAAUGAGUGUGUGUCCUGAUUGGGGAAUGAGUGAAUUCUGGGGGCGGGGUGACAAAUCUCAACCUGAGAGCUUUAUCUGAAGUUGUUUUGUUUCCUAAGCAGUGUAAAGAAUUGAGACAUUCCAAUAUGUUUUUUGGUUAUUGCUAUGUGGCACUUUAUGCUGAUUCUUGAUAAUGAACAUUUAUCACUGGAUUUAUUUGUGUUUUUUUUAAGUAUUAAAAUAAAUUGGUAUUUUACAGGC